AUGGGUUGUCAACAUAGCAAAGCCAAUUUUACCAGCUUUGGUCGUGCCGAUGAUGAGGCUGUGCCCGCCCUGGAAGAAGCGAUGAAAAACAUGACCCCUCCCGAAAGUCUGGAAGAACUUAAGGUAUUUGGAGAAGGCCUUCAAACGGGAGAUAUCUUGUUGAUGCAUUGCACGCAUACCUUUGGCAAAUUGGCUCAACUCAUGACAUACAAUGUUUGGGAUCAUGUUGCCAUGAUUGUCCGAUUGGAUGAUGACAGCGAUAUUACUCAGAAGCGAAUUGCCCUUAUCCAAGCCAAACCACAACCCAAAAGUAGCACUCUGGAUUGGCCUCUGCCAGGGUCCCCGGGCUAUGGCAAUGUGGAAGUCUUUGAAGCCAUGGGUGGCGGGGUCUUCUCCUAUCCCUUUGUGGAGCAUGCCAUUGCCCGAGGCAAAUUCUGCAAGUAUACAUGUGUCCGACGCCUACGAGAUGCACAAGGCCAGCCGCUGUCAUCCGAUCGACGCGCCAAGAUAGAACAAUUCGUCCAAGACAUGUGGGGGCGGCCCUACGAGGAUAGUGGCGUGGCGGGAAUGUCCGAAUUGGCCCGCCCGAUAGUCAAAGGAGCUCCCAAUAAGAGCAAGAAGGCCAACAAAGACCAGGAAGCCUUGGAUCGACUCUUUUGCUCGGAACUCAUUGCCGAAGCCUACCAGCGCGCUGGGUUGUUGCCCGAAGAAAGUCUCAAUUCCAAUGACAUUUUACCCGCGCACUUUGCACCUGAACAAUGCAUCGACACCUAUCUGAAAGCAGAGACGCAUGGGUACACACUGAGUGAUGUCGAGAUCUUCAAGGGUCCCACUACAAAACUCACCAAGGUCAUUAAUGAUCGUCGAGAAGAGUUGCGAGCCAAUAACGAUGAUGCUGAUCCAGCGCUACAAGAACAGCCACUCCAAAAAACUGAUUCGGAGCAAGGCUUGAAGCCACAGUAA